CCCUCCGGAGGGGCGGCCUCCGCCAGGGCAGGGCUACGUGCUGACGUCAGGCGUCGAGGCGGGGCCGAUAGUUUGGUGCCCCAGAGCGGGGUGUCGGCGCCUCACUCGGGUGGAGCCGCGCCGGAGACAGGCUGCGGUGAAAGGCUUCAGGACUAAAAUGUUCCACUUAAGGACUUGUGCUGCUAAGUUGCGGCCCUUGACGGCCUCCCAGACUGCUAAGACAUGUGCCCAGAGCAGGCCACCGGCGGGCAGGACGUUUCCGCAGGCUCGGUGCUACUCGGCACCAGUUGCCGCCGAGCCCUUUCUCAGUGGGACUAGUUCAAACUAUGUGGAGGAGAUGUACUGUGCUUGGCUGGAGAACCCCAAGAGUGUACACAAGUCAUGGGACAUUUUUUUCCGCAACACCAAUGCCGGAGCCCCUCCAGGCACUGCCUAUCAGAGUCCCCUUCCCUUGAGCCGGAGCUCCCUGGCGGCUGUGGCCCAGGCUCAGCCCAACGUGGACAAGCUCGUGGAGGACCACCUGGCAGUUCAGUCUCUCAUCAGGGCAUAUCAGAUACGAGGGCACCACGUAGCACAGCUGGACCCCCUGGGGAUUUUGGACGCUGAUCUGGAUUCCUCCGUGCCCGCUGACAUUAUCUCAUCCACAGACAAGCUUGGGUUCUACGGCCUGGACGAGUCGGACCUGGACAAGGUCUUUCACCUGCCCACCACCACGUUCAUCGGCGGACAGGAGUCGGCGCUGCCCCUUCGGGAGAUCAUCCGCCGGUUGGAGAUGGCCUACUGCCAGCACAUCGGGGUGGAGUUCAUGUUCAUUAACGACCUGGAGCAGUGCCAGUGGAUCCGGCAGAAGUUCGAGACACCCGGGGUCAUGCAAUUCACCAAUGAGGAGAAGCGGACACUGCUGGCCCGUCUUGUGCGCUCCACCAGGUUUGAGGAGUUCCUGCAGAGGAAGUGGUCUUCUGAGAAGCGUUUUGGGCUGGAGGGCUGUGAGGUGCUCAUCCCCGCACUCAAGACCAUCAUCGACAAGUCAAGUGAGAACGGCGUGGACUACGUGAUCAUGGGCAUGCCGCACAGGGGGCGGUUGAACGUGCUUGCCAAUGUCAUCCGGAAGGAGCUCGAGCAGAUCUUCUGUCAGUUUGACUCUAAGCUGGAGGCAGCUGAUGAGGGUUCCGGAGAUGUCAAGUACCACCUGGGCAUGUACCACCGCAGGAUCAACCGAGUAACCGACAGGAACAUCACUCUAUCCCUGGUGGCAAACCCAUCCCACCUGGAGGCCGCGGACCCUGUGGUCAUGGGAAAGACCAAAGCUGAGCAGUUCUACUGCGGGGACACCGAGGGGAAGAAGGUCAUGUCCAUCCUCCUGCACGGGGAUGCCGCCUUCGCUGGCCAGGGCAUCGUGUACGAGACCUUCCACCUGAGCGACCUGCCGUCCUACACGACCCACGGCACCGUGCAUGUGGUCGUCAACAACCAGAUCGGCUUCACCACGGACCCGCGGAUGGCCCGCUCCUCCCCGUACCCCACUGACGUGGCCCGUGUGGUGAACGCUCCCAUCUUCCACGUGAACUCGGAUGACCCCGAGGCUGUGAUGUAUGUGUGCAAGGUAGCAGCCGAGUGGAGGAGCACCUUCCACAAGGACGUGGUCGUUGACCUGGUGUGUUACCGGCGCAAUGGCCACAACGAGAUGGACGAGCCCAUGUUCACGCAGCCGCUGAUGUACAAGCAGAUCCGCAAGCAGAAGCCUGUGCUGCAGAAGUACGCAGAGCUGCUGGUGGCUCAGGGCGUGGUCAACCAGCCUGAGUAUGAGGAGGAAAUCUCCAAGUAUGACAAGAUCUGCGAGGAAGCCUUUGCCCGGUCCAAGGAUGAGAAGAUCCUGCACAUCAAGCAUUGGCUCGAUUCUCCCUGGCCUGGCUUCUUCACGCUGGACGGACAGCCCCGGAGCAUGUCGUGCCCCUCCACGGGCCUCCCAGAGGACGUCCUCACACACAUUGGGAACGUGGCCAGCUCGGUGCCCGUGGAGAACUUCACCAUUCACGGAGGCCUGAGCCGGAUCCUGAAAACCCGCGGGGAGCUGGUCAAGAACCGGACCGUGGACUGGGCUCUGGCUGAGUACAUGGCGUUCGGCUCGCUCCUCAAGGAGGGCAUCCACAUCCGGCUGAGCGGCCAGGACGUGGAGCGCGGCACCUUCAGCCACCGCCACCACGUGCUCCAUGAUCAGAACGUGGACAAGAGGACCUGCAUCCCCAUGAACCACCUGUGGCCCAACCAGGCGCCCUACACAGUGUGCAACAGCUCACUGUCCGAGUACGGCGUGCUGGGCUUCGAACUGGGCUUCGCCAUGGCCAGCCCCAACGCCCUGGUGCUCUGGGAGGCCCAGUUCGGUGACUUCCACAACACAGCACAGUGUAUCAUUGACCAGUUCAUCUGCCCUGGACAGGCCAAGUGGGUGCGGCAGAAUGGCAUCGUGCUGCUGCUGCCCCAUGGCAUGGAAGGCAUGGGCCCGGAACAUUCUUCUGCACGCCCAGAGCGGUUCCUGCAGAUGUGCAACGAUGACCCAGAUGUCCUGCCGAACCUCAAUGAAGCCAACUUUGACAUCAACCAGCUGUAUGACUGCAACUGGGUGGUCGUCAACUGCUCCACGCCUGGCAACUUCUUCCAUGUCCUGCGCCGCCAGAUCCUGCUGCCUUUCCGAAAGCCGCUCAUCAUCUUCACUCCCAAGUCCCUUCUGCGCCAUCCUGAGGCCAGGACCAGCUUUGACGAGAUGCUCCCAGGAACCCACUUCCAGCGGGUGAUCCCGGAGAGCGGCCCUGCCGCGCAGGACCCAGCCAGCGUCAAGCGGCUCCUCUUCUGCACCGGCAAGGUGUAUUAUGACCUCACUCGGGAGCGUGCCACCAGGGGCAUGGCUGAGCAGGUGGCCAUCACACGCAUUGAGCAGCUGUCGCCGUUCCCCUUCGACCUGCUGCUGAAGGAGGUGCAGAAAUACCCGAACGCCGAGCUGGCCUGGUGCCAGGAGGAGCACAAGAACCAAGGCUACUACGACUACGUGAAGCCCAGGCUCCGGACCACCAUUGACCGUGCCAAGCCUGUGUGGUACGCCGGCCGGGACCCAGCAGCCGCCCCCGCCACCGGCAACAAGAAGACGCACCUGACGGAGCUUCAGCGCCUGCUGGACACUGCCUUCGACCUGGACGCGUUCAAGAAGUUCUCGUAACGCUCCUGGGGUGCGGGGCCACCACUCCCUGCCCCAUGCUGCCCUUUGCUUUCCCACUAAAGAAUAGUGCCUGA